UCCAGCAUGCAUGCUGUGCGGCCAGACCUAUGCCGAUCCGGACAUCUGUGGGCCCAAGCAGCUGGAGUUUGGGAUAUGUGCUCAUGUGUUCUGUAUGAUGUUCUCCACAAGCCUCCUUCAAAAAGCAAGAAUAUUGAAUGGAAUCGUAGUGCUGCGCCCUGAAGACAUCAGACACACAAUCCAGCAGGCAGAACAGAAGCAAUGCUUUGUUUGCGGUGAGAGGGGGGCUGCCAUCACAUGCGCAGAGACAGGCUGUAAACGCAGCUUCCAUCUGCCCUGCACCCUAGAGGGCGAAUGUGUCAGUCAGCACUUUGGAAAGUACAGAUCUUUCUGCAAAGAACACAGCCCUAAGCAGGCUGCGGAGGCGGCUCCAGAGCAGAAUACCAACUGCAUUAUCUGCAUGGAGCCAGUGGAGGACAAGAAGUCCUACCUCACCCUGGUGUGCCCAGCCUGCAAACACGCCUGGUUCCACCGGGGCUGCAUCCAGGGACAGGCCAUCCGUGCAGGCGUCAACUGCUUUCAGUGCCCCCUCUGCAGAGAUACGGAUGCCUUUCUAUCCGACAUGCUUGUCAUGGGCAUCCGAAUCCCACUCAGAGAGCCAGAAUGGGAGGACAAUGAUGCAUACGCAUCGCUGGGAUUGAGACACGAGCGCUGCGAUGCCAGUGAUUGCCUUUACCCACUAGGCAGGGAGCAGGCAGAGGGAGAGGGACCCUGGCAGCUGAUCCUGUGCAGCUCCUGUGCUGCUGAGGGGACCCACCGUCGUUGCUCCCACUUGAGUAACACCGCAGACGCUUGGGAGUGCAAAGCCUGUGCUGGUGUGGGCACCGCCUCCAGCACCAUCUUGGAGCUCCCAGGGCCCAGCACUGCCAGCCAGGAGGGCUUGGGGCCAUCAUACGGCUCUGCAGCGCCUGAGAGCAGCACUGCCAGCCAGGCAGCAACAGGGCCUGUUCACAGUUCCCAGGUGCCUGAGAGCGGCAGCCAGUCCAGCCAGCCCGGGACAAAGCAAAGAAUCCACUCACAUUCACAUCAGGAUGAAGACAUCCAUAACCAGCUCCAAGGACAUCAUGGGAACAGCCAUGCUGCAGCCCUGGGGAGUGCCGCUGAGAGAUGGACCUUGAUAUCUGCCAGCCAGGGGGCAUCAGGAUCCUCAAGAGAUCCUCCAGAAGCUGGCAGUCACAGGUCCAGACAGGGAGGGUGUGCCCGGGCCCGAAGUCGCUCCCCAUUAGAAUCUCAGGCCCCAGAUUCCCAGAGCUGA